UCCAACCUUCAUCCUGGAUUUCACAAACUAAAACAAGGGAGGCUGGCAGGAGGACAGCACUGUCGGACUGAGGAAAUUGACGACGGUGAAGCAUGUGGGCAACACACCGUAUAAAGCUCAUAAACUUGUAGGCUGAUGUGCAGCUACUACUUUGGAUUCCUUAUUGCUGCUUCCUUCAGCAUAAAACCACAAGGCUGAACAUUAAACCUGCUCUUUGGAACUGAGCAUUUAUCACUGUUAGACAUGAAGAGCUUCCUGUUUUUCACCAUCCUCCUGGUACCAGCGCACAUCGGAACUGCUUGGAGUGCAAAAUAUGCAGUAGAUUGCCCCGAACCUUGUGACAGUAAUGUGUGUAAAAGUACUUUGCGCUGUAAGCGAACAGUGCUUGAUGACUGUGGCUGCUGCAGAGUCUGUGCAGCAGCCUUGGGGGAGACUUGCUACCGCACUGUCUCAGGUAUGGAUGGUGUCAAAUGUGGGCCUGGGCUGAAGUGCCAGUUUUACACUGAGGAGGAUGACUUUGGUGAUGAAUUUGGUAUCUGCAAAGAGUGUCCUUAUGGUACCUAUGGAAUGGAAUGCAGAAAAACUUGUAACUGCCAGUCUGGUAUAUGCGACAGAGUAACUGGAAAGUGUUUGAAGUUCCCGUUUUUCCAACUUUCUGCUUCAAAGCCACCAAAUAGACGAAAAUUAAUUUCACAUACAGAGAAUGACAUGGCAUCGGGGGAUGGUAACUCUGUAAAGGAGGAAUUUGUCAAAGAGAAAGUAAUUAGCUCUCCAGUAAAGAAAUGGUUAAAUCCUCGCUGAUAUUUACUUACAUUGGUAGGACUUUCUAAUGACCGCAUUUCUCACACAUUAUUGAAUAUGCAACAACACACUUUAAAAACAAAGUACAUCUAUAGCAUAUGAAAAUGUAACCUCUGAAGACCAAUUGUGAUUGUGUGCAUCGUCAGAAAAAAUGUUUACUUACAAAAUAGACUGUACAGUUUAUAUGAUUUUUGAUACUUGUUUUGAUAAGUAUUUGAACACUAAAAUGUAUUAUGGAUUGUUGAAUGUAUAGUAAUAUUGAAAACCAACACCUCUCCCCACUGGCAUUUGAACAGUUCCUGCAUUCCCCGUGCAAGGAAAUUCCUGUUGAAUUCAAUGGAUAUUUUAUGUGAGUAAAAGCUGCUGACGUGGAGCCAACAUUAGGGUGAUGGAAGUUGACAAAAGCUUGGAAAUGCAAAGUUAAAAACUGAUGUCCUUGAGUCACACCAGCAAGAAUAAUACUAAUGUAAAGGGCACAACGGUGUGAAUUCAAUAAAUCAACUUUAACUUCGAAUAUUCUGGCUUUUGUUAGUUUUGUGACAAUUAACAAGAUGUAAACAUUACUUUAAGCCAGCGGUUCUCAAACUGUUGAUUGGGACCCCAAAGUGGGUUGCAACCCCAUUUUAAUGCAUUAGACUUGAUGGGACCCAGGGCUGAAGCCCAAACCUGAACUCCACCCCACUGGGGGCAUCGGGACUCGGGCUCUGGCCCCUUAAUCCCCCACCCAGGGUGGUGGGGCUCGGGCUCCAAUCCCCUGGCCCCCCCUUCAGUCACAUAGUAAUUUUGUUGUCAG